ACACAGCACCUCUUGCCCAUCCAUUUACUCGUGCCUGUCCGCUCGCCCUCGACCUGCUCACCUGUUUCAUCUCCCUCUAUCUUCCCAUCACAGCCCCCUGCCCCUUUGGGCUACUUGGGCUACGAUUGACACUCACUAGCAUCUUGCCCAAACAGAAAAAAAAAGAAGCGCCCCGUCCAACUCGUCUCGUUUGGUGCCGCAUUCAACCGUUGAUUUCUACCGCGACCAUGGCUGCUACAACUGCGCCAUCUAACCACACUACUACUAUUACUACCAAAGCCGAAAAUAGCCCCCAGCCACACCUGCCCAGCAUUGGCGUCGCUCCACCCCCCAUGGAACCUCCCCUCCCUCCCCUCCCUCCUCUCAACCCAAAAGACCCAGAAAACUACUUGAAGCGCUGCUCGGGCUAUUGCAAAAAGACAAACUUGCGCUGCAGCGCUGCCAUCGGCAAAAAGGCCCAAAAGGACACGCGUCCCACCUACCUUCCCACAUGCGCCCUUCACCGCGAUCAACAAAGCCUUGCCGGAUGGUGUCAGUUCACCAGCUCGGAUGGCCGUAGGUGUGCAAGGCUGUUUCGAUGGAGCCCCCCGCACUUUGAACUUUGCGACCAUCAUCGGGGCCAUCCUAGCACACCCUGUUAUUUCCUAAAACAGCUACCGCUCGAGCUUCGCCAUGAAGUAUACCGAUAUCUCAUACCCACCGAGCCCAUAGAUUCUUCCACUGCCGCCGUCCACGACCGCUCCAGCCAGGAACCCGACCAGCGAGCAAGUCGCUUAUCCGUCCUGAGUUACCCGAGUCCCAUGCGCGCAACACGUGUGCUCAGGUCCAAGUUUCCAAUGAGGCUAUUGGACCUUCUCAGUGUCUCACGCCAAGUCCAUGACGAAGUAAAAGACCGCCUGUUCAGCACAGUAACCUUCAAAAUCGACAUCCGCAAAGAUGGCACCUUCAUGUGUGGACGCCGCCUGCUCGAGCCCAAACGAGCAGACGGCUCUUCGCACUUCUUGUUCGAUGAGGCCGACCAUGCAAAGAGGAAGUUUCUCAAAUGUUUCGACUGGGCUUCCGCCAAGAACUACGCCGUUGACAUAUUGCUCGAGAAUUGCCCAAUCGCAAACCCGCACCAUGUGUCCAACACGGCCAACAUGACUAUGAGAUCUCGCUGGGAUGAAGAGGUGGAGAUUUACGACAUUAGAGAUUACAUCUCUGUAGUUGUUUCUGGUAUCUUGGCAAAGGCAAAGAAUCUUUACAAGUUCCAGGUCCGUCUUUGCCUAGCCGACUUUGUUUGGCAACAAGAGCAAAUCCUUUCCAAUUCAAAGCUGCUUUUCAGCCCGUUUGAACGACUACGAAAUGUGCGCCAACCAACUCUUGGUGGCGUCUUCACUGGAAGACCAGAUAGCAAUUCAAUGUAUCCCAUUGAGCGCGCAACUAGUCGAUAUCCCAUUGCACCUGGAACCGGAUGUAUACAAUCAGCACUACCCGCCUACUAUGAACUCUGCUCUGUGCCCUCUUUACCGACCGAUAACCCAGUAUUGCUACCCGGUAUACCGGCAUUUGAUGCCUACGCCACUGAAUGGAGGCGCCAGAUCUCUUCCAAGGCCACUGCGAAUGUUCUACAAGAGCCGCUCAUCCGCAAAAUGUUUACCGAGUUUCGCAACUUCUAUACCGAAUUCGCCAACCAUGUGCCUGAUAUAACUUUGAAAAGCGGAAGGCAUACAUUCCUGCACCGAGCUAGGGUGGCACGUGAACAGGAAGAUGUUAUAGCUUUCAGAACCAUCAGGGCAGAGCUCCUCGAUUACUGGACCAUGCACUUGGAUGACCAGGAGCGGAAAAAACGUACCAUGGAAACACGUAUUGCCAAAUUCCUUCAAAGCGACAAGUAUCCGUCACAUGUCUGGGAAGAGCAAAUCCCAGCACAGUCACCCGACCCGAUGCCCACUCAAAUCUCUAAAUCUCCUGUCGCCUUAGACACUGAAAUCAUGGCCAGAGACGGCAUACCCAUGACGGGUAAUCUGAUACGACGUAGCUGCCCUCCACCACCCUACCGGCAAAUGAACCAACAGCCAGGACAACAGAACCCGUGUGUGAAUCCAAGGCUAAUAAACGAGAUGUCGGAACAAUAUGCCUCUAUGAAACGGCGACAGCUUCAACAAAGGUUUCUACAACAGCAAGCUCUGCAACAGCAGCUGAUCAGGCAGCAAAUGCAGCUGGCACGAUUGGAAAAAGAAGAACAGUACUCGCCUGCUGCUAUUAUGCUUCAGCAACGAGAUUACCUGCUCAAGAGGAAAGCUGCAGAUGAAAUGAAUAAGAUAUAUCAACAGGCAAACUUUGGAAAUAAGCGAGAUGAAGACGAAACAAACCUGCUGAGGAGAAAUUCAGAUUCUUCGCAUUCUUCACAGGAAGCCCCGCCUUAUGCCAUGCCGUCAUACAACAAACCAAACGCCACUGAGGGUCCCAGCAUUUGCGCUGAACCUCUUGAAACGAGUCAGCGGGCAAAUGAUAUCGUAUCGUUCUCCUCAGUGAUUGGAGACGGAGAGCCUGGACCAUCUACCAAAAGAUGCCGCACUGAUUCUGGGUACGAUGGCCAACAUAGACCCUUGCCCACUGAAGACAACAUGGAAGAGGUGAAGCAUCAGGGCCAGGUUAGGGCAACAUGGAGUGCCUCAUCUUUUGAGUAUGAUGCUGAUGCUAUGCAACAACCAUUUACUGGCAAAGGAAAGGAGAGAGUAUGAAGUGUACAGGGAUGGAUAUAUCUAUCUGGACUGUUUUCGAAAAGAGGAGCAAUUUUGCAGUCCAUCUGGCGAAUCGUGUAGUUUGGUUAAAAAGACAAAAGCGAUGAUGGACACGAUUGAUAGCCAAAAAUGAGACUGGAACACUAAACCUUUGGUCUCAGCCACUACUCAUAUCCAAUACGAUAAUGAAAUCAGAGAAAUACAUGUUACACGUCGGUAGAUGACGUAAAGCAACAUCGUAUAAAUCGGAAGAGGCAGAAAGACGAAAAAGUGACAGCUAGCUGCGGCUCAUUGGUGUGUUCUCCGCUUUCUCUGCUCGAC